CGGACCACGAACAAUGUAACGUACUUCCGGUGCUUGUUUGGCUGGCAAUUUGAAAUGUGUACAUUGUAAAAUCGUGUUGUUUUCAUAGAUCUAAUGGCAAUCUUAUUAAAUGACAGAUUCCAAAUCACUACUGCAAGAGUCCUAUAGUGACAUAUACGAGUUUAACGUCACUUUCUACUCUCUAUACUAUGUUUAAAAGGAUGGCUGAAUUUGGACCAGAUUCCGGGGGUAGAGUGAAGGGUGUUACGAUCGUGAAGCCCAUCGUAUUCGGAAACGUUGCUCGGUAUUUUGGGAAGAAGAGAGAGGAGGAUGGACACACUCACCAAUGGUCUGUGUAUGUGAAACCAUACAGAAACGAGGAUAUGUCUGCAUAUGUGAAGAAGAUACAGUUCAAACUACAUGAAAGUUAUGUGAAUCCACUCAGAGUCGUGACGAAGCCUCCGUACGAGAUCACAGAGACGGGCUGGGGAGAGUUUGAGAUCAUCAUCAAGAUCUUUUUCAUCGACCCCAAUGAGCGGCCAGUGACUCUCUACCACCUGCUGAAGCUCUUCCAGUCAGACUCCAGUGCCAUGCCCAAGAAGACGGUGGUCUCUGAAUUCUAUGAUGAAAUGAUCUUCCAGGACCCCACAGCCAUGAUGCAGCAGCUUCUUAGUACCUCUAGACAACUGACCCUGGGGGCCUAUAAGCACGAGACUGAGUUUGCGGAGCUGGAGCUGCGGACGCGGGAGAAGCUGGAAGCAGCGAAGAAGAAGACCAGUCAGGAGAUCACAGACCUAAAAGACAGACUGAAAGCCAGCAGAGAGACCAUCAACUUCCUGAAGGGAGAGAUACGCAAGCUGGAGGAGGAGGACCAGAUCAAAGACCACUGAGACACACACUGGGUGAAUCUCAAUAGUAUUUCCUUGAUUCCUCAUAUCCUCUCUCCUUGCAUCCUUCUGAAAACUCAUUGGAGCAGACGAUCUGAGGUUCCUCGCCUUGGAUCUUCUCCUCCAAUGUGUUUUGAGAAGGAGAUGAGGAGAGAGGACGCAAUGAAUCAUGGGUAUACAAUUGAGACACACCCUGAAUUCCAAAUCAACCUCUAGACCCUCUUCCAAAGGCACUCCUGUAGAUCUGAAGGGUUUGGAUAGGUGGAUGCAAUAUGGUACUUGUGACUUGCUUCACCUUGUCUUCUGAUUUCUGAUAGGCUGGAUGGAAUUUCCUCCUUUUUGCUUCCACCUAUCCAACCCCUUCAUAGGCUACAGGAGGGGCUAGGGAGGAGGGGCUAGGGAUGGAUUUGGAAUAGAGAUAUUCACUCUUGCCCUAGCCUGGAAUCCACACCGAAUAUCACUCCGUUUUACGAUUGUUUAAUUUCAUAAUAUAAUAUCUGCCAUUUCGCAGAUGCUUUCAUCCAAAGCGACUUACAGUCACGCGUGCAUACAUUUGGCGUACGGGUGGUCCUGGGAAUGGAUGCCACUAUCCUGGCAUUACUAGCACCAACCUCAUCCUUAUAGAGGACCUCAACACCAUUGCUAUGGAUGACAUAACAUUGCACUAACAAUAGUGAAAUGUAGCGGUAUUCAGUUUGAAUUCUAGACAACACUGCCUAGCGAAAUGGUUUUAGAUGAUUAAUGUACAUAACAAGAAAACUGAAGAUAAUGAAUGUUAGUUUCACUCCACUCUCAACUCACCUCACAGAUUUACCACAGAUAGGUCUCAUUGCAACAUGUCACAUUUUUGUAGACUGGUCCGAAUGUGAAUAGGUUUUGUGCUUCUCUUUUGUUAUUCAUUUUAUGCAUUUUUAUGUAAAACUCAAACCAGCUUUUCUUUGAUUUCUCCUAUGUACAAAAUUAUUAGAACACGAUUGUAGAACUGAUGGCUCAAACAUGUCUUACAGAUGCUAUUCAGGGUUAUUUGCAGAUAUUUUUUGUCAAAGAUUGAUCUCUUAACAUCUGUAAAGCCUGGGCAUGCCAUCGUCAACUGUCUCAGUAUCCAAUACAUGUGUCAACCCUUUUGA